CCUACGCCGCUUGGUGUUUCCCACAAUGCUCAGCGACUGUCACCACCAAGAUGGCCGACGCUAUGGAGGAAUAUGAGAAAGAAGCUGGCUGCGUCCCUAUUAUCCAUCCUGAGGAAAUCAAACCCCAGAGUCAUUACAACCAUGGCUACAGCGAGAACGUCAGCCGGAAAAACCAUGUGGACGACUACAGCACCUGGGACAUCGUCAAAGCCACACAGUACGGCAUCUUCGAGCGCUGCAGGGAGCUGGUGGAGGCCGGCUUUGACGUUCGGCAGCCGGACAAAGAAAACGUCACACUCCUCCACUGGGCCGCCAUCAACAACAGGAUAGACUUGGUCAAGUACUAUAUAUCAAAGGGGGCCAUAGUUGACCAGCUGGGAGGAGACCUCAACUCCACACCUUUGCACUGGGCCACAAGACAAGGCCAUCUAUCCAUGGUGGUGCAGCUCAUGAAAUAUGGCGCAGACCCGUCUCUGAUCGAUGGGGAAGGUUGCAGCUGUGUCCACCUGGCCGCCCAGUUUGGCCACACCUCCAUCGUGGCAUACCUCAUCGCCAAAGGACAGGAUGUGGAUAUGAUGGAUCAGAACGGCAUGACUCCUCUUAUGUGGGCAGCCUACAGGACACACAGCGUGGACCCCACCCGGCUGCUGCUGACUUUUAACGUCUCUGUCAACCUGGGCGACAAGUAUCACAAAAACACGGCGCUGCACUGGGCCGUCCUGGCCGGUAACAGCACCGUCAUCAGCCUUCUGCUGGACGCCAACGCUAACGUCGACGCCCAGAACAUCAAGGGUGAAACACCUCUGGACCUGGCCAAGCAGAGGAAGAAUGUGUGGAUGAUCAAUCACUUACAGGAAGCGCGGCAGGCCAAAGGUUACGACAGCCCGUCCUAUCUGAAGAGACUGAAGAUGGAUAAGGAGUUCAGGCAGAAAGUGAUGCUGGGGACGCCUUUCGUCGUCAUCUGGCUGGUGGGUUUCAUCGCCGACCUGGACGUGGACUCUUGGCUCAUCAAGGGCAUCAUGUACGCUGGUGUCUGGAUCGCUGUGCAGUUCCUCUCCAAGGCUUUUUUCGACCACUCCAUGCACAGCGCUCUGCCUCUGGGAAUCUACCUUGCAACCAAGUUUUGGAUGUACUGCACCUGGUUCUACUGGUUUUGGAACGAUCUCCCUUUUGCCACGGUUCACGUCCCCUUCCUGAUCAACACGCUGGCUUUGUUCUACAACUUUGGCAAAUCCUGGAAAUCCGACCCAGGAAUCAUUAAGGCAUCAGAGGAGCAGAAGAAAAAGACGAUUGUGGAGUUAGCCGAAACAGGCAGCUUGGAUUUAAGCAUAUUCUGCAGCACCUGCUUGAUACGGAAGCCCAUCCGGUCCAAACACUGUGCCGUGUGCAACCGCUGCAUCGCUAAGUUUGACCACCACUGUCCCUGGGUGGGGAACUGUGUGGGAAGCGGGAAUCACCGCUACUUCAUGGGCUAUCUCUUCUUUCUGCUCUGUAUGAUCUGCUGGAUGAUUUAUGGCUGCAUCUCCUACUGGAGGGUGCACUGCGCCACCAGUUAUGCCAAGGAUGGUUUCUGGCUCUACCUGACCCAGAUUGCCUCAUGCUCCCCCUGGAUCUUCUGGAUGUUCGUCAACAGCAUCUUCCACUUCAUGUGGGUGGCCGUGCUCAUCAUGUGUCAGCUCUACCAGAUCGCAGCUCUUGGAAUCACCACAAAUGAGCGGAUGAACGCUCGCAGAUACAAGCACUUUAAAGUGACGGCCACGUCCAUCGAAAGCCCCUUCAACCACGGCUGCAUCAGAAAUCUCAUAGAUUUCUUUGAGAUCCGCUGCUGUGGCCUGAUCAGGCCUGUGACUGUGGACUGGACCACGCAGUACACAAUAGACUACGACCAGACGUCCGGCUCAGGCUACCAGCUGGUUUAGAGAUAGGAAGCGAUGGAUGAAGAGGAAAAAGAGGGAGGGGCAGCAAAGAGUGGGAAACAAAGCUUUUGGAAGUAUUAACCCCUCCCCUCCCCCUCCAUGGUGUUCGUAUCUUACGCGAUGCUGUUCUCUGCAACUUAGUUUUUUUUUUUUUUUUUUUUUUCUCUGGACCAUCUCUCCUUUGCAGAUGAAAAGACUUUAAGGGGGGGAAGAAUUAAGGGAAGCAUGCAGUUAUGAGACAUCAUCAUCAUCCCUGCCCUUUUUCACUGCUACUACCGCCCCAUCUCCUCCCUCCUUGGCCUUUUGGACGGUGUGUCGCUGCCAAACACAAGCGGAGGAGAGAGAGACAAGCAGAAAAGAAAUUUUAAACGAAAGCUCACCCUUUUGUUUUUCUUUUUUGGUUUAACUGAUGAUACUUUUUUUUUUUUUUGCAAGGAAGCAUUUCAGGAAAGCAAAUCGUGAAUUUGGGACUUCUAGAGUGGAAAAAAGGGGAAUGUCUUUUAAAGUCUUUUGUUUUUGUUGUUUUUUUGCACCGUGCUGUUAUGAAUUGAGCCGACGAGGACUUGCAGAACUGUUGGAGGAAUCCCACUUUUAUUUUCUCUCUCUUUUCUCCAACCCCUCUUCUAAAAGAAGCUGGAAGCAGAACUGGGACUCCCUCAGCAGUGACCAUGCUGAACACGGCAGAUAUCCUCCAGACAAUGUGAUACAGCUCUAUUUAUUUUAAAAUUAUUUAUAGAAAAUAGCUAUGUUCUAGCGCCAUCAUUUAUACAUUUCACAUCAUUUUAGCUUUGUAGAAUUUUUUUUUUUUUUUUACGUAUCAAGGAGGAGAGAAUUUUAAACAGUUAGUUGAAAUAAAAGUGGAUAACUAUGUAGAAAACUACAGACAGGUACAGUGAGUGUAUUUAUUAAGCAAAAUAGAAGGAAAGAAAAGUUUACAGGAAAGCCUCAUUCCAGACAUUGCUCUUUUAAAGCUGUAAAGUCUUAUUCGUUUUGUCUCUCGUCUGCCUACAACGUUGCACUGAUCGUGUUUAGUUCUAUGAAUAUAUAUAUAUAUAUAUAUAAAUAUAUAUUUUAUUUGGCCGUAACUGAACAGGAGGUCCAGCAGCUGCGCGGCGACACUUCCAUUGUCGCCUCAGAAAACUCUGGACCCCGCGCCGCCGCCGCAGCACCAGGACGGACUCAGAUGUAAAGAAUGUGCAUUUGUACAUAAACUGUUUUCUUCUUCAUGUCAGUGUUAGUUGAAGGUGCUCCUGGGGGUUUAAGUUUUAACAUUUCUUUUGCUCUUGUUGACGUAAACAUAAAGGAGAGUCAGAUUACUAUAAUCCAUGUUGUAUGACUGUAGCUUUUAGUGAUGUCCGACGCUGCUGUCUAUAGUACCUGGAAUCUCUCCACUGCAUGUAUGACGCCUAGGACAGCGACCACUCCCUCUCCACUUCAUAGUGGUCACCAUGGUGACAGCCCAGCAAAGCCACAUGUCUGUAAAUAGUGAAUGUUAAGUAUUUGCAAAUGUUUCUGCAUCAUGUUCAUCCAGUUUUUCUUUCAGAUCCUGAGUGUUUAGUGAGGUUUCUCCAUCCCAAACAGCUGUGUAAUAUAUUUGAAUGUGUCAUAAUCAAAUUUUUUUUCUUUUUUUUAACGUCCUACAUUGCUGGGUUUUGUUAUACCACUGGAUGUAAAAAUUGUAAAGCAGAAAAACCUUUUCUUUUGUUUUUCUAAAAGCGGAAAUGUGCUCAUGCGAUAGUUUUAAGGAUCGUGAGAGGUUAUAUUCUACGGAACGUUUGCAUCGCCACGUACUAACCAUCAACGCCCUGCAGCAGUUCACACAGGACUCGUAUCUUACAACGCCUUUUUUUUUCUUUUUUUAACUGAGUGGGCAUCAGUGAAUGCUGGCAGAGGUCACCACUUUUCAAAAACCCAUCUCACUUCACUAGUUCCAGCGGCUGCAGACGUCUACUCUCCACCCCCUCCAUCGCCUCACCAUGUGGGAUAAUAGAGAAAAAAAAAUCAAAUGAUAAAGCACAUAAUCAUCUCCAGUGCCUCUCUGCCCACCUUCAGAUCCCACUGUAACUCCGCUUCAGAUGUAAACAUACGGGCAUGGUUCAGUUUUAAUGGCUUUAUUAAUAAAAUACAGUCAAACGUCA